CCCUUACAUUAAUGGAGAAACAAGACUUAGAUUAACAGUCACUUACAUUAAUCUAGAAACGACUGUAUAAAUAGAAGUCCAACCCUGCGGUGGUGAGCAUUGCCAUUUGUGCUCUGUUCUUGGUCAAACAUUUCCACAAGCAAACUUUGCAUCCACCCGUCCGGACUCCGGAGAACCAAGGGAGAACAUGGAGAAUGCAGCCCAGUCUCUUGUGGGCAAUGUCGGUCAGCUGCUGGGUGAGGAGUAUCGUCUUCUCUCCGGCGUCGGCGGCGAGGUUGCUGAGCUUCGCGACGAUCUGGCCACCAUGAAUGCCCUCCUCCGCAUGCAGUCCGAGGCCGACGAGGGCGCGGUGGAUCACUUCGUCCGGGAGUGGAUGAAGCAGCUGCGCGAGCUCGCGUACGAUGCUGAGGACAGCAUCGACCACUACAAGCUCCGCAUCAAGUGCCUCCCGGGAGACGGCGUGCGCGCCAGGUUGAAACACCUGUUCGAUACGCUCUUCCAGCGCCAUGGACUUGCUGGCAAAAUCCGUGACCUCCGCACUCGCGCCAUCACCAUCAGCGAGCGCCACGCGCGGUACGGCAUCAACCGCGAGGCGCUGCGCCGCGCCCCUUCUUUAUCUGCGCCUCCGGUGCGGGCGGUGCCCGCGUCUGUACCUGCGCUCCGCAGUGCCAACCACCCUGAGCACCACCAAUUUGUGGGCAUCGGGACCCAGGCUGACACCAUGGCCGAGGGGGUGAAGGCAUCUGUUGAGAAAGAGCGUUAUCUCAAGGUGUUCUCUGUCGUGGGGUUCGGUGGCGUCGGCAAGACUACGCUGGCCGUGGAGGUGUGCCGGCGGCUGGAGGCGGAGUUCCCGUACCAGGCGUUCGUGUCGGUGUCUCAGGCGUUCGAGCCCAGCAGGGACCUCAAGGCGCUGCUCAAGCGCGGGCUUCAGCAAGUCGUCAAGCCCAAAACGGACAAUGAGAAAGGCGUCAAGGAAGAAGGGGCCCUGGAACGAAUGGACGACCUGGAUGACAAAACCCUGGCUGAAAAACUCAAACAUUGUCUUAAGGGCAAGAGGUACCUCAUUGUGAUAGAUGAUAUAUGGACCAUACGAGCAUGGGAGGCAAUCCAAUCCGUGUUGCCAGAGAACUACUGUGACAGCAGAAUCAUCGUGACCACACGGAUAGACACUGUGGCCAAAGCAUGCAGUCCUGCUAGUGUUAGCGGACAUAACAUCCAUCAUAUGAAACCCCUCAAGCUCGAAGAUGCCACGAAGCUGUUCCUCAGUAGAGCAUUUGGCUCCGUGGAUGCCUCUUGCCCUGUGGAGCUCAAAGAUGUAAUGGAAAGUAUUUUAAGAAAAUGUGGUGGGCUACCAUUAGCUAUUGUUAGUAUUGCUAGCAUUUUGGCCGCGUAUACAUCAUCGGGAAGCAAAGAUAAGUGGGAAACAAUUUGCAAAUCAAUUGGUUCUCAGAUGGAGAGCAACCCUACCCUCGAGGGGAUGAAGCAGAUAGUCACACUCAGCUACAACCACUUGCCUCAUGAGCUCAAGGGCUGCAUGAUGUACCUUAGUAUUUUCCCAGAGGAUUAUGAGAUCAACACAACUCGGAUCUUGUGUAGAUGGAUUGCCGAAGGAUUGGUUUCGGAGAAGCGGGGGUUGACCUUGCUGGAGGUUGCAGAAUCCUACUUGGACGAGUUGGUGAGUAGGAACAUGAUUCAACCACAUUUCGGCUACAAUGGGAAGGUAGAGUCUUGUCGGGUGCAUGACAUGCUCCUUGAGGUCAUGGUGUCCAAGUCCCUGGAGUCUAACUUCGUUAGCCUUCUAGGAGGGCAAUAUGCAGGGAUGUCCUAUGAUCGUAUUCGUCGCCUCUCCAUCCAGGGCGACGAUAGAAGGCCCUUCGGUGUGGAGAAGAGACUCACUGACCCUCCUUCCAAGAAGAAGAUGGUGGGACGUGCCUCGAGGCAUGGUAUCCAGGGGAUGGAUGUAGAGCAUGUUCGGUCAUUGAGCAUGUUUCAGCUCAAGGAGCACAAGCUGCUCGAUCAUCUAGACAAGUUCACCCUGCUGAGGGUACUUGACCUGGAAGAUUGUGAGGGACUAACAAAUGAUCAUUUGAAGAAUGUUUGCAGGUUAUACCUACUGAAGUUCUUGAGCUUGAAGGGUACAAAUAUUAGCAAGGUGCCUCCUCAAGUAGAAAAGCUGGAGCACCUGCAGACGCUUGGCGUUGGUAACACGAACCUUGAGGAGCUACCAGAAACUGUGACCAACCUGGAGAAACUUGAGCACCUUGAUUUCUACCACAAGACUAAAUGGAGCGCUAUGUGGAAGCUACCCCGAGGGCUCAGGAAGAUGAAGGCACUGCGGGUGGUGACUUUAUCACUUCUCGGUGAUGACGUCCAAGUUGCCCAAGAGCUGGGUGACCUAGAACAACUACAAGAGUUGUGUGUCUACAUCGACUCCCCCAUAACUGACGAGGAGGUUCUUGAACAGCUUGCUAUCUCCUUGAGUAAGACAUACUCCCUCCGACGCCUCAACAUAGGAGACAUGGGUAAUGGCAAGACACUGAACUUUCUCCAGCGCCUCCCUGUUCCCCCGCGGCUUCUCCGAUACUUUAGGACCGCCGGUGCCAUGGAUAGGUUGCCCAGCUGGGUCGAGUCACUCACAUACCUUGUUGAGUUUGACAUGUCCUGGGCGGACCUUGUUGAUGACCAACUGUUUGGCGUCCUAUGUAAGCUGCCCAACCUGAAGAGCAUCUGGUUGCAGCGGAGGUCCUACAGCGACAAUGCUCUUGUUGCACGCACUAGCCACAACUUUCCGGCGCUCAUGAACCUCAAAGUGACCUCUGAUGCCGAAUGUCCAAAAGUUUUCCAGUUUGAGGAAGGAUCCAUGUCAAAGCUCGAGACGCUUCUAAUUAACUUCGCUGACAAGGAGGAGAAGAGCAUCGUUGGCAUCGAGCACUUGACCAGCCUGAAAGAAGUACUACUCACGGGUAACAGGUACAAUCGUGCACUAGACCGUGCACUGGUGGAGCUGAUGGCAGAGACUAAGAGGCGCCCCGAGUCCAAUCAGUUCCAAGUUGUAGUGAAAUACGAGUGAUCGUCACAUGUCGCCGAUUUCUUUCUUUCGUCUGGACAUGGAAGUUAAUAAUUCUGCUUGUUUAUUUGUAGCUUGCGUUUCUGCUUUUCCUUUUUUUUAAGCCACUGCUAGCUUUUCCUUACAUCCAGUGUAUUUUCCAAAUUCGAUUCCCAUUUAAUUCGUCACGUGUGGUGUACUUGUUGUUGGAGAUUUCGUUUCACAAUAAAGCAUAUAUGU